AUGAACCACGCUUUGAGGCGCGCGACCUUGGGAUUGUCGCCAGGUUUACGAGCAUCGCGAUUACAGCAAUCAUUUGCGAAACACCAAAUACCAGCUGUGUACCGUUGCGACGCUGCUUCAACACCAUUUCAACGCGCUUUUACAACAUCGAGAUGCUUCAGACAAGAAGCUGCUGCGGAAAGCGAAAAAGAGGAUGCAGCUAGGCGGGAAGAACAGAGUGAAAGGGCCCGUAAAAGACAGGCGAAGAAUGUCGCUUCAGGUUCCAAUGCUCAAACACUAGAGAAUGACCGGCCCUGGCAUAGAGCAGACUCUGGAGCAGACCCAGAUGCGCCCAAGGAUGUCCCCGAAAACAAGGACAUGAAAAAGGGUCGUCUUCUAACUACCCCAACCCGCCUACUGAAGCUCAUUCUACCAAUGCCCUUCCAUCCCGAACAAGAACAUGUCAAUAGACCAGUGGAGGGCGACGUUGACGACGCAGGCGAAACAGUAGAACCUCUGGCUCUCCUUAUUCACCCUCAUCAGCCACUUUCGUAUCUCGAGCGAUUGAUCCAAGCCGAAAUCCCUCCCGUUCAACACAACGGCCGCGAAAAGCUUCCCGACAUUGUUUUCCGAGCCGAAGCAGACCAAGAAGAACAAGGCGGAAAGAAGGAUAACAAAAAGAAGAAAGACAAUGCCAAUGUCGCAUCCUAUUCUGGGCUUGGUCACGAAGGUCCUACCAAUAAAGAGGCCAACUGGGUACGAUGGAGUGGCAGCACCGAGAUCGGAGACUUUAUUAGAGAUGCCGCUCGUGGUCGUGAAUUUGCGAUCAAUGUCGAGGGCUUUGAUAGGGAACUGCGAGUUGCCGUACCAAGUUUCCGAGACCGUACAUACUACAUGCGCAUGACUCUACGACGCAUGUCACGCGAUAUUGAAUCCAUGUCAAAGGUCAAGAACGAAUGCGACACGUUGGCUCACCAAGGAGCGCACCGUCUAGCGCAAGGAGGGUUUGCGGCCCUAGCCGGAUGGUGGGGAGUCGUUUACUACGUCACAUUCCACACUCAGGCAGGAUGGGACUUGGUAGAGCCCGUCACCUACCUGGCUGGCCUGUCAACUGUUAUGGGUGCUUACCUCUGGUUCCUGUACAUCAGCCGCGAUCUCAGCUACAAGGCCGCCAUGAAGGUGACAGUAUCCAAGCGACAGGGGGCACUGUACCAGGAGCGUGGCUUUGACCAGAACAGAUGGGAUCAGAUUAUCCACGAGGCCAACAAUCUGCGAAAGGAGAUCAAGAUCAUCGCGAGCGAGUAUGAUGUUGACUGGGAUGAGAAGAAGGAUCUGGGAGGUGAGGAAGUCAAGAAGGUCCUCGAGGAAGAGAAGCAAGGCCGCGACGGUACCAAGGUGACCGAGGGCAAGGACGAAGAUGACGGUCCCGGAUCAUCUGACAAGCUCAAGAAGAAGCAGUAA